UCAACUGUGCUUCUCCACCCUCGCACCGGCGCUGACUGUAGUUGUUUUACUUUCUCUAUUUACAGUAACGGACAAAAGCUAUCAAAAUAGGAAGACCUUCCACGUUUGCCUUUAUUACGAUCAAAAUGAAGAAACGUGGAAUAAAGCGCUCGAAUACUGAGUGGUAGAAGAAGCCAAGGACCGAAGCAACCUGCCUUUAAACCCAUCAAGUGUCUGAGGGAGCAGAGGUCAAAUGGCAAAGUGGCUCAAAGACUAUCUGAGUUUUGGGAGCAGGAGGAUGCCUCCUCAGCCACCCAAACCAGACUACACCGAGAGUGAGAUUCUGAAAGCCUAUCGGGCUCAGAAGAAUCUAGACUUUGAGGACCCGUACGAGAACUCUGAGAACCGGGACAGAAACGACUCUGGGUCAUCAGACUCUUCCCUUGUUGCCUUUGGUUCUCCUCUGAAGUCCGCCAGCCUGGAUAUGAAGGUUGUAUCUCCCAAACACCGCCUCAUCAAGGUGGACUCACAGGAGCUGGGGCGAACUAAGAUCUUACUGAGUACCGUCUCCUUAGAGGAACAAGAGCCUGUAGUUCCAUCAGCCCCAGCAGUAGGGGACACAGAUUACUCUGAUCCGUUUGAUGCUCACCCAAACCCCUGGCCAGAGCCUGAUCUGGGACACGUUCCCUGUGAGAACAACGGCUACAUGGAGCCUUACGAGGCCCAACGUGUCAUCACAGAGUUGCAGCGUGGCCCCGGGGCAGGCCUUGCGCGGGGCGAGGUGCAGCUCUACGACACCCCCUAUGAGGAUGAACGGGGGCGGCCGUUGGGGGUGGGGCUGGGUUACGGAGACCUCCUGGAGGAGGGCAGGGAGAGCCGGCUGCCGCAGGAUGAUGAGCGGCCAGCAGAUGAAUACGAUCAGCCCUGGGAGUGGAAGAAAGACAACAUCUCUAAAGCCUUCGCAGUACAGUUUGAUGGUGCCGAGUGGGACCGGUCCUCGUCCCCCACGGAGCGCCUGCGUCCUCCCAGGUCCAGUCCCCUGGCAGGAGGGGGUAUGAAGUUCCGGAUGCCCUGCUCUGACCCCCACAACAUGAUGGGGGAGAGAGUAGACCCCACCCUGCCCCUGGAGAAACAAGUGUGGUAUCACGGGGCCCUAUCACGUUCAGAGGCGGAGUCUCUUCUGACCCUGUGUAAGGAGUGUAGCUACCUGGUGAGGAACAGCCAGACCAGCCGCAAUGACUACUCCCUCUCACUACGGAGCUGCCAAGGCUUCAUGCACAUGAAGUUCAGCCAGUGUAAGGAUGGGAAGUACGUCCUUGGGCAGAACAGCCUGCCAUUCGACACCAUCCCAGAGGUCAUCCACUUCUACACCACACACAAGCUACCAAUCAGAGGAGCCGAACACUUGUCUCUGCUCUUCCCCGUGCUCGUACAGACCCUCUGAUUGGCAGGGACUCUGUUCCUGGUAUCCUGGGUCACAUUGUGAUUGGACACUGACUUUAGAUUGGGUAAAUCCCUUCAAUAUUCAAGUCAAUCAGGCCGCCAGUGCUCUAUUUGGACUGGACUAUUUUGUUGAGGAUUCAGCAUCUGCUGGCUUGUCAGUACAGUACCUUCACGGACCUUCUUGUUUCUAUGAUGCCAACUCUCUCUGAUUUGGGAACAGAUUCACAUAAAAUGCAAUAUCUGGACUAUACCGGCGCCUUCGGUACCUGGGAUGCUCUCUGGAUUACCUGUUGCAGAAUGAGCCUCUCACUGAGCUAGUAUUGCUCCACUGGUUGACAGUCUCAAGGAAAACUUGGUUGUACUCACACAAACACACCUCUGUUGAUUUGAUACUUUCUGUACUGUUGAGUAAAUCCUAUCAUGUUGACAAAUUGGAAGUCAAACCCAGAUCACUGUAUGGCUGUUGUAGCAGCAGCUGUAGGGCUGUGUCUAAUUGUACUACUGUUUCCAUGUGUUUGUCAUAAUGAUCUGUAUGUCUGGACACCUUCACUGCCUGGUUGCAGUGCUCUGUAGUUGACCAGCACCAGCCAAAGGUUUAUAUGGCCACAUAAAUGGCCAAAUCACAAUGAUAAUGGGUGUUAUGUUUUAAUGAUCAUUCUUAUUACCUGGAUAUUCAAUGACUUUCUCAUCUCUGAUGUAUAAUUAUGGAUAGGACAUGUUUUCUCAUUUACCUGCUGUGUUCAAACGUUUCACCUGUGGU